GCGUGUUGUGCGUGUGUGUGGAAGCCGUGUCUAUUUCCCACUGAGUGCUGAAAGCCGAUAAAGCUAUUUUGAAAGUGACCCUGCAUUUGAGAACAGGACAGAGCCGAGCGAGAGAGCAGCUGUUUGGAAUCAUGACUGAAGAUGACGGAUUCGGUUGUCGUGGAGGGACAAGUCAAAUUGAGAGAUGGAAAAAAGUGGAAGAGUAGAUGGGUCGCGCUCAGAAAACCCUCCCCUGUAGCAGAUUGUUUGUUAUUGUUAGUAUACAAAGACAAGGCAGACAAGACCAAAGGACACAAGGAGAGGAGCAGCAUGACUUUAGAGGAUAUCUGUGGCCUGGACCCUGGACUCUCCUAUGAGGGGAUGAGUCACACGAUGGCAAUCAUCUGCUUGACACAGGCAGUAAUGCUGGGAUUCGAAAACAAGGAGGCGAUGUACACCUGGGAUAUUCGCAUCCGAUACAGCCUGGGAGAAGUUCACAGAUUUCAUGUAGCAGUGUUACCUGGCACCAAAUUGGAGAGUGGACCUGCUACUCUGCAUUUGUGUAAUGACCUCUUGAUUCUUGUAAGAGAUGUCCCACCGACAAUUAUUGGACAGUGGAAACUCUCAGACCUCAGGCGAUAUGGAGCAGUUCCCAAUGGAUUUGUCUUUGAAGGUGGGACAAGAUGUGGCUAUUGGGCCGGUGUAUUCUUUCUCGCCUGUGCCGAAGGGGAGCAGAUCAGCUUUCUGUUUGACUGUAUCGUUCGAGGCAUCUCCCCAACCAAAGGCCCUUUUGGAUUACGGCCAGUCCUACCAGAUCUUAAUGCAAACCCUGCGGACAUAGAGGACAGAGUCAGCUAUGAAACACUGGAGCUGGAGAAGCGCCUCAGCCUUCUGUCUCGCUCGAAUCGGCAGAGCAGCACAGCAUCUACUUCCAGUUAUGGUGCGUCUGUAGCACUGGGAGACGACAGAAGCCUGUCCAGCUCUUCAUCUGACACCAGUCACUCGGACACGAGCAUCGGGAGCCGGUUGGCAAUGUGGCCGGAACCUUCCCUGGGAGGUGCCUCCAUGGAGAGUCAUGAACUUGCAGCAGUGAAAAGCAUGCAUCCUGGGGAGGAGAAAAUGUACGCUGAGGUCAUGCGUGGCUGUAGGCCACCCCCUAAGCCCCCCCGGCCCAGGAAACCACACCAAAUUGUCCGCCAGAGUUCUUCGGACAGUGGGAUUGCCACUGGAAGUCACUCCUCUUACUCUGGAAGCUUCUCUUCCUAUGCUGGCAGUUUGGAUAUCUGCCACGCCGAUGAGCUUGGAUCCUUGCUUAGCCUGCCACUGAACUUUGCUUCAGAUCAGAACUUGUGCACUUGCCAGCACGGCGAGCAUCCGAGGGCUGUGGGCUCCGAAUAUCAAAUUCCCAGCUCUUUGAGGCAUCUGUAUGACACACCUAGGAGUUUAUUACAGGCAGCUACUGCCAGGGAAGCGCAGGGCAAGAGUUCGGUUUCCACACUGCUAACGGACCAGGGCACCUCAACUCUACUUCCAAGUGUUACAGACACUAACCUGGUCGUGCCUGAGCAAAGGCCAGACAGGGGAUUGGCUGCAGCACUUUCUGAUUACGGAAGCUCCAGAGACUUGGAUGAGACGUAUGUGGAUUACGUUCCAAGGUGGUCAGUUGCAAAGCAACAAGGAGAGGUGCUUGAAUGCAAAAGCAGCGAGUUGGCGCCAUCUGCUGAUGUCUCUACAGACCCUUGUGAAAUAUGCAGCCCUCACCCAGGAGUUACAAGAGCUCUGUUUACUGCAUGUCCAGUCUGCGGAGGACUAAAGGGAACAACUCUGUCACAUUCAGGAGUCUUAACCAUACCAGCUGUACCGGAUAAGAAACCAAACAGAAAAGAUGAGAAACGAAAAACAGAUCUGACCUAUGAGAUAAUGGAGGGACGGGGAGCAGAAAAGUCAGAAGAGUCAGAUGAAAAAAGUGAAUUAAUGGCAAGCUGUGGACAUCGGAAAAUCUUCCAUGAAACAGAAGAAGGUUCUGCUGGCACGUUGAGGACACACAGAGAGCACACUUCACUUGCAGAUCCAAGGGGAACCUAUGAGCUAAUGGCCUCUGCGGUUGAAUCUCCAAAGAGAUGUGACUUUGGUCUUCUCGGAGAAUAUGGGGGCGUGUUUGCGUACCCAGUGGAUCUGCCUGUGCCGGACAGGCCACGCGGUGAUGGAGUUACUUAUGUUAAUAUUCCUGUCAGCCCAGCAUCAAGGAAACAGCUUCAUUACAUGGAAUUAGAGCGGCAGGAACCUGGCUCUGGAGCUAGAGGUAACACAAUACAUCUCCAUAAACAUAGAGGAGGCUCCACUAAAUACGCUCAGAUUGAUAUCACUGCGACAGAGACAGCUCACAAAGUUGGAACCCAGCAUGCCCAGGGCAGAGAGGAAAGACUGCAGGAACUGGAGCAGAAAAAGAGAGGGGCCCUGCAGUGAUCCAUUAGUGAAACUUGAAUCACAACGUCAGGACAAUCUAGAGAAUAAAAGGACUGUAGACGUGCACCAGGUCCACGGCUGUUCCAUUCCAGCAAUGUGAUUAUUGAACCCACUGAAGUAUUGCAGCAUAGCACUGCCAAAGAGUUUUGCAAUAAAAUGUGGUGUUGGGUAUAAAAGGUUUUUCUUUAUUUUAUUUUUUUGGAUGCUGAAAUCAGUUAUAAAAACAAUACAGUACCAACAAAUGUACUGUAACAGUGUGUUUAUACAUAAAUUCAGUAGCCUUUGAGCUUGAAAAAAACAAAAGCAUGUUAGUAUUGUACGGUUACAAUGCUUGACAUAUUAUCAUCAGUCUUACUUACAUAGGACAGAAACAGCAUGAAAGGACAGAAAUAUGACAUAGUUUUAACCCUUCUCUAUUAAAUAGGCAAGGCAGGCAACAAAGUUGCCUCUUGUCUUCGAAACACUCCACAGACCAUGUUGAUUGUACAAGGAAUUCGACCUCUUUCCCUUCCACAUUUUACAUUUUUCUGCUUCUUGUAAGAUUGUAAGACAAUUAAAAUGGCACAAUUUAAAAAAAAAAAAAACGGCAUGUGCCUUCAGAUAAUAUGCAAAUUAGUAAUUAUACCACCACUCAAAUGCUGUUUUACUAAACAGGUGUCAAACGUUUGUCAAAUGUUGAUAUGGAGAAUAAUGUUGUAUUGAAAAGGGUCAAAUGUUUCAUCCCUCCAUUUAUUAAAAACAUGUUUGAUAAUUAUUUUGGUUACAAGUAGGAGAUAUCAUAAUAUAUAUAUAU